GUGCGCAGCAUCUCUGACCUGGCCUUCAGACCCGACGGCUCGCAGCUCAUCGUGGCGGCUGGAAACCGCGUUCUGGUGUACGACACAGCUGACGGCACGCUGAUUCAGCCGCUGAAGGGACACAAAGACACCGUGUACUGUGUGGCUUAUGCUAAAGAUGGGAAACGCUUCGCAUCCGGUUCAGCAGAUAAAAGCAUCAUCAUCUGGACCUCCAAACUGGAGGGCAUCCUCAAAUACACUCACAAUGAUUCAAUCCAGUGUGUGGCUUACAACCCCGUCACACACCAGCUGGCCUCGUGCUCCUCAGGAGACUUCGGGAAACGCUUCGCAUCCGGUUCAGCAGAUAAAAGCAUCAUCAUCUGGACCUCCAAACUGGAGGGCAUCCUCAAAUACACUCACAAUGAUUCAAUCCAGUGUGUGGCUUACAACCCCGUCACACACCAGCUGGCCUCGUGCUCCUCAGGAGACUUCGGUCUGUGGUCUCCGGAGCAGAAGUCUGUCUCCAAACAUAAAGUCAGCAGUAAGAUCACGUGCUGCGGGUGGACUAAUGACGGCCAGUACUUGGCUUUGGGAAUGAUGAAUGGAGUGGUGAGCGUCAGAAACAAGAAUGGAGAGGAGAAGGUGAAGAUCGAGCGUCCGGGGGGCUCUUCAUCGCCCAUCUGGUCCAUUGCCUGGAACCCGUCCAAGGAUGAACACAACGAUAUCUUGGCAGUGGCUGAUUGGGGACAGAGGCUGUCGUUCUACCAGCUCAGUGGGAAGCAGAUCGGGAAGGACCGGCAGCUGAGCUUCGACCCGUGCUGCGUCAGCUUCUUCUCUAAGGGCGAGUACAUCGUGAUGGGCGGCUCUGACAAACAGGCCUCGCUCUACACUAGAGACGGAGUCCGGCUGGGCACCAUCGGGGAGCAGAGCUCCUGGGUUUGGACCUGCCGAGUCAAGCCAGACUCCAACUAUGUGGUUUUAGGCUGUCAGGACGGCACCAUCGCCUUUUUCCAGCUAAUCUUCAGCACGGUCCAUGGCUUAUAUAAGGACCGCUACGCCUACAGAGACAGCAUGACAGACGUCAUCGUACAGCACCUCAUCACUGAGCAGAAAGUACGGAUCAAAUGCCGUGAGUUGGUGAAGAAGAUCGCCAUCUACCGCAGCCGACUGGCCAUCCAGCUUCCCGAGAAGAUCCUGAUCUACGAGCUGCUCUCCGAUGACUCCUCCGACAUGCAUUACCGCGUCAAAGAGAAGAUCUGCAAGCGCUUCGAGUGCAACCUGCUCGUCGUCUGCUCACAGCACAUCAUUCUGUGUCAGGAGAAGAGACUGCAGUGUUUGUCCUUCACGGCCGUCAGAGAGAAAGAGUGGCUGAUGGAGUCUCUCAUUCGCUACAUUAAAGUGAUCGGCGGCCCGCCGGGACGAGAGGGGCUUCUAGUGGGGCUGAAGAAUGGAGCUAUCCUGAAGAUCUUCGUGGACAACCCGUUUGCCAUCACACUGCUGAAGCAGAACACUUCAGUGCGCUGUCUGGACAUGAGCACAUCACGCAGCAAGCUCGCUGUAGUGGACGAACACAACACCUGCCUCGUGUACGACAUUCACACCAAGGAGCUGCUCUUCCAGGAGCCCAAUGCCAACAGUGUGGCGUGGAACACGCAGUGUGAGGACAUGCUGUGUUUCUCUGGCAGUGGAUAUCUGAACAUCAAGGCCAGUAACUUCCCAGUGCACCAGCAGAAACUGCAGGGCUUUGUGGUGGGUUACAACGGAUCCAAGAUCUUCUGCCUUCACGUCUACUCUAUGGCCGCAGUGGAGGUGCCUCAGUCUGCUCCGAUGUAUCAGUACCUGGAGCGACGCAUGUUUCAGGAGGCCUAUCAGAUCGCCUGUCUGGGUGUGACGGAUAAUGACUGGAGGGAUCUGGCCACAGAGGCUCUGGAGGGACUCGAUUUUCACACCGCCAAGAAAGCGUUCAUCAGGGUUCGAGAUCUGCGCUAUCUGGAGCUCAUCAACAGCAUUGAAGAGAGGAAGAAGAGGGGUGAGAGUAAUAACCAGCUCUUCCUGGCUGAUGUCUAUGCGUAUCAGGGCAAGUUCCACGAGGCCGCCAAACUCUACAGGAAAACCGGCCAUGACAGCCGAGCGCUCAGCAUGUACACAGACCUGCGCAUGUUUGAGUACGCUAAGGACUUCCUGGGCUCCGCAGACCCCAAGGACACCAAGCUGCUGAUGAAGAAGCAGGCAGACUGGGCCAAGAACAGUAAAGAGCCUCGAGCGGCUGCGGACAUGUACCUGACUGCAGGAGAACACAUGAAAGCCAUCGAGAUCAUCGGAGAACACGGCUGGAUGGACAUGUUGAUAGACUUGGCCCGUAAGCUGGAUAAAGCAGAGAGGGAGCCGCUGUCCAGAUGUGCCGUGUUCUUUAAGAAGUUCAAUCAUCACGGUUAUGCUGCUGAGAUUUAUAAUAAAAUGGGCGAUCUGAAGGCGCUGGUGCUGCUUCAUGUGGACACUAGACACUGGGAUGAGGCUUUCUCUUUAGUGGAGAAACACUCUCAGUUCAGAGACGACGUCUAUGUGCCGUACGCCCAGUGGCUGGCUGAACACGACCGCUUCGAGGAGGCCCAGAGAGCCUUCCACAAAGCCGGGCGUCAGGCGGAGGCCGUGCGAGUGCUGGAACAGCUUACCCAUAAUGCCGUGGUGGAGAGCAGGUUUAACGACGCCUCGUACUACUACUGGAUGCUGUCCAUGCAGUGCCUCGACAUCGCCAGAGAUAACUCGGAGAAGAAGGAGGAGAUGCUGAAGAAGUUUCACAGUUUCCAGCACUUGGCUGAGCUGUAUCACGUCUAUCAUUCUGUCCAUCGCUACAUGUCAGAGCCCUUCAGUUCCAACAUGCCAGAGAUUCUCUUCAACAUCUCCCGCUUUCUCUUCCACAACCUGACCAGAGACGUUCCUAUGGGCAUCUCCAAAGUGUAUCCUUCACGCGCUGCUCACGCUCUUGAGCGUUUGGAGGGUUUCAGUGAGAUGCUCUUCUCGUGUAUCAUUGACACAGUACGCUGGCAAUGCCUCAUGAAUUUCAGCCGAUCAGUGUUAGAGUUCAGAUAUGCUUCCCGUCAAUCUGUUGCGUGUUCAGAGGUUCUGCCGCUGGUGGAGUUCUAUCUGGAGGACGAUAUCUCAGACGAGGAGGCCGUGUCUCUCAUUGACCUGGAAGUGCCUCGUGUGGAGAGAAACAGCAGCUGGCAGGAGAUGAGCCGCGGCGAAUCCCAGUGUCUGAGGCUGGAUGAUGGGACUGAAGACCCAGAGGACGAUCCAUUCACAGCCAAACUCAGCUUUGAGCAGGGUGGCCGUGCAUUCGUGCCGGUGCUGGUGAAUCGUGCCGUGCUGAGGUGCAUGUCCAGACGAGAUGUUCUGAUCAAGCGCUGGCCCAGACCGCUCAGCUGGCAGUACUACCGCUCUCUGCUGCCAGACGUCAGCAUCACCAUGUGCCCUUCCUGCUUCCAGAUGUUUCACAGUGAGGACUACGAGCUGCUUGUUCUUCAGCACAACUGCUGUCCGUACUGCCGCAGACCCAUCGACGAGCCCAGCUAGCACAGCUAGUGCCUGGAUUAGCCUCCAGACCAUCACUUCACCUGUGUGUCUGUAGGACCGUGCUUUGAUCAGCUAGAAACGCGUCAGUAAAUGCCAGCUCAGGGCAGCGCUCUGAUAGGAUCAGCCGGAUCAGCUGCUAAAGCUGAUUACAGCGUUUGUACAUGUGAGGACAUGCAUACGCCUUAUCACACACACACACACACACACACACACUCUCUCUCUCACACACACACACACUCACGGCUCGGUCCACUUCAACACGUUUGCUUAGAUUCAGACAAUAUAAAUAAAGUGUAAUAUUUAUGCCUCUAACAUGUAUUGUAAUGUUUUCCUGUCAGUAGAGCUGAAGUGUUUGUGUUGAUUGCUUCAUGUAGGUGUGAGUGGUUUUUGCCUGUAAAAGUGGCUGCUGUAAAGCUCAGGUGUUGCAUGAGAUCAUCAUUAUAACUGAUGCCUACCAUAAGCAUUAGAAAGACCACAGAAAACCAGUCUGUGUGAGCGUGUUUGUACCACAGCCUUAUUCUGGGGACAAAUUUGCACCAAGAAAUGAGCUAAACCUGACAAAACCUCCUUUUGGGGAUGUCCACAAAUAUGAAACAAGUAAAAAAAUAAAGUAAACAGAUUUUUAAAAUCAUUUUAAGAGAUGAAAAAUCACUAUUACAUUUCCAUUUGUAAUAGCAGUGAUGCAUUUGCAAUCAGAACAUGAAUAAAGAAAAAA